AUGACAGUAGGCGUGGCUAUUAUAGGAGGUGCUGAACUUUUCCGUAUUGACUCGCCAAUCAGUCUUCCCAUUCCCAAGCAGGCCGAAUACAUUCGUCUCGCAUUAUCCGCUAGCAAGCAUGUUUUGUCGGAAAAGCCCAUAGCAGAGAACGUCAAAGACGCUCAGGAGUUAAUCAGUUGGUACUAUGCCAACAUUGACAGCAAGAAGGUGACGUGGAGCGUUGCGGAGAACUUUCGUUACCUCGCCAGCUUCGAGUAUGCGCGAGAGCAGGUGCAAAAGGCCGGGCGACUUCUCGGGUUCAGGGCAAAGAGGUAUUCCAUGGUCAAGGGGGGGAAAUAUUUUGGUAUGGGUGUGUGCCGUUGUAUCUGUGGUUUACUGCUAAGACCAUUCCAAGAAACCGAAUGGCGUAAAAAUCCCACCCAUCAAGGGGGCUUUCUCCUCGAUGGGGGUGUACAUGUCACGGCAGGCCUACGGCUCUUACUGGGGCCUGAGAACACCAUCACCCGUCUAUCGGCGUUUUCAGCUCAAUUACAGAAACAUCUGCCUCCGGUGGACACCAUUGAUGCCGCCAUGAAAACAAAGUCCGGCGCCACUGGUACCUUUUCUGUCUCAUUCGGCACAUCCUUCACGGGGUAUGAAUUCAAUAUAGCUUGCGAAGGUGGUACUGUCAGUCUUUCCGUCUUCGGGUCUACUGUAACUACAGUCGUCGAGGGUAAGGAAGAGAAGAGUGUAGUCGACGAUGAAAGGACAGGCGUCCCGCCUGAGGUGAGGAAGUGGGGAGAAGCGCUGGCGGCGGGGCAACGUAAUGAGAAGCAGAGACCGGAAGAGGCUUUGGCAGAUCUGGAGCUGGUGAGUGGUACUAGCAAUUCGCGGUAA